AUGAAAUGCAGUGGAAAAGCGGGCUACUUUUUGAACUUGAAAAAAGAAUAUGGGGAAAGGGCUGAGGCGUUAUUAAAAAAGCUGCAAGAGGGAAAAACUGUCCAAGGAGCUUUCAUAACAGAUUUUAUAAAAAUAGACUAUGUGAACAUAACUAAAAUUUUAUUAUAUAUGAUAACAAAGAAUAAGAUAAAAACGAGUUUUGAUGGUUUAUAUGUGGACAAGGAAUAUGAAAGUUUUCUAACUUUUUUAGAUGAGGAAAAAAGUAUAAUCUUACCCAAUAAAAUAACAAGUGAAGAAAAGGAUUAUACUAAUGAAUUAUAUUUAAUUGGGGGUGAAAAGGAAAAUUUCGGAAACAUUGUACGAGAGAAAAUGCAAAAUAACAUUAUUCAUGGGUCUAAUGACAUCAAAACUGAAAAUAUGGAAACCAUACAAAUGGAGAAGGGUAUACAUAAUGUAGACCAAUGUGAAUUGUGCUCUCCUUAUAGCGUAGAGACCAAUAAUAAUUACGAAAAAAUAAUCAUCCACAAAUUAGAACUGCUAAAUAUAAAUGAUAUAAUGAAAUAUGAUGGAAGUAUUGAAAAUGUGGAUAAAAUAAUAUAUUAUUUAAACCCAUGUUCUGUUUUAUCCGCAUACUUUUUAGAUAUAAAAAAGAACGAAAAGGUGCUAGACAUGUGCGCAUCCCCCGGUGGGAAAUCAUUAGUUAUAGCUAGUAAAUUAUUUGGUUAUGAUAUAUCACCAUUAAAUAGAAUUAAAAAUAUUGAAAGUAUAAAUGACACACAUAUCGAAAUUAGCUGUUCAUUAAACCUGCUGAAUUAUUACAAAUGUAACAGGAACGGGUUUUUAGUUAUUAAUGAAUAUAAUAAAUCAAGAUAUGAUAGAUUAAAACAAGUGUUACAUAAACAUUUACCUAAAGAUUUAAUUAAUUCUAGUAAUUUACAUAUAACUAAUUAUAAUGGUUUGAAUUUAAACUCAUUUAUGAGAUUUCCAAAAUUUCAUAAAAUUUUAUUAGACGUCCCAUGUUCGACUGAUGAACAUUUAAUAAACAAAGGAACAUGUGAUUUAAACAAAUGGACAAUUAACGUUAUUAAAAAUAAUACGUAUGUACAGUGUGAGCUACUAAUGAAUUCUUUUCAGUUACUCCAUACAAAUGGUAUUAUAAUAUAUUCCACCUGCGCACUAUCUUAUCAUGAGAAUGAUGAAGUUAUUGAAAAGCUCCUAAAAAAAUUUAAGAAGCAAGUUAAAAUUAUCGAUUUUGUAGAGGUCGAAUAUCAACAGAGAUACGAGCAAGCUUUUAUGCUCGUUAAGCAGAAGCAAAUUGGGAUUUGUCCUCCAGCUGCUAUGGGCGCAGUGAAUGGAAUGAAUAGUAAAAAAUUUGAUGCUGUUCUUGUUAACAGUGUAGACGAUGGAUUAAACGAAGUUAGUAGCAACCGAGAUGAAAAGAAGGAAAAUGAUAAUAAACACGAGGACUAUAAACGCAUUAACCAGACAAUCGUGUCUAUAAAGGAAGGCGCUGCUAAUAAUUGUAAUUCCAUUUACAAUAAUGAGUUUAAAGAAUUUAAGGGGAAAACGAACUUUUUAAGAUUUUUUGAAAAAACUAAAUAUGGAUAUAUAUCCCUACCCGAUAAAUCACCCUUUGGUGUUUUAUACAUAUGCAAAAUUCAGAAAAUUUUAAAAAAUUGCAAUUAA